CGUCUGUAUAUUUAAGGCGAGAUUCGUCUGCCCCUUCACCAUGCACAAUCCUCAUCAACAUCAUACCAUUCCAAUUAAUAGAACAAGACAACAUGUCCAGACCGAAGGUCCUAUUGAUCGGUGCCACCGGCAACACAGGCGGUAGCAUCCUGGACGCCAUGCUAGCUGCCGACCAAUUUGACAUCGAACUCCUCAUCCGCCCGACCUCCGUGCCCAAACCCGCCGUGCAAGCCCUCCUCCAGCGCGACAACCUGUCCCACCGCGUCGUGGACCUCGACCUCCCCGAGGACGCCCUCGUGCCCGCGCUAGCCGGCAUCGACAUCCUGGUCAGCACGCUCGGCCCGGCCACCGUCGCGCAGGAGAAGACCCUCGUGCGCGCCGCCAAACGCGCGGGCGUGCAGCGCUUCGUCCCGAGUUCGUGGGUGACCGUUGCCCCGCCGUGGGGAGCGAUGCUUUUGCGGGAGGAGAAAGAAGAAAUCCUCGCCGAACUUCGCGCCCAAAACAUGGACUACACCGUCAUCGACGUGGGCUACUGGUACCAACUCUCCCUCCCCCCCGUCCCCUCCGGCCGCCUCUCCUACGCCAUCCCGGUGCCCUCGACCACCAUCCACGGCGACGGCACCGCACCCACCAUCCUCACCGAUCUCCGGGAUAUCGGCCGCUUCGUGGCGCGCAUCGUCGCGGACCCGCGCACGCGCAACCGGUCCGUGUACACGUGCUCGGCGGUGUUGUCCGAGGAGGAGAUCUUUGAGAUCGUGGAGGCGGUUUCGGGGGAGAGGGUUGGGAGGAUACAUGAAUCCGAGGAAGAAACCCUUCGCAACGUCGAUCAAGCGCUCGCGGAGCUGGCCGCGGAUCCCACCGAUUUCUGGAAACGGGCGCAGGUGUACCUGGCGCAGUACCGGUGCAGCAAGUACGUGCGCCGCGAGAAUACACCCCAGAAGGCGGCGGAGCUGGGGUAUCUGGAUGCCAGGGCGCUGUAUCCGGACCUGAGGACGGUGGAGUUCGGGGAGUUUGUGGGGGAGGUGCUUGCGGGGCGGGGGAGGAAUCCUUAUCCUCGGUCUGGCUUUUGA